CGCCAUGAGUCUUCAGCUAAUGCGGUUAGCCGUAGAACUAAACCUCAAAACAAACUCUGUAAACAGAAAUUUUGCCGUGAUUGUAGGUACUAGCUACGUAAUUCUUAUUUAAUACUCAAUCACACUAAUCAUCAUGUCUUACUAUAUAAUAAUUCGAGAAUCUAGACCAUCUGAUUUGCCUAAAAUUGCUGAAGUGAUCAGAAAUGCAUAUUUAUCAAAUGUUGUUCCAUCAUUUCUAAAUGCAUUAACAAGAGAGUUUACAUUGCAGUUAAUUGUUACAUGUGCUGCAAUUUUAUUUAUAUUUAUGGGAGUUCCGCUGAAAUUUUGUUUUAUUGCAAUACCCGUGUUGCUAGGAGUACUUUUCAUUAUUUACUCAGCAUUUUAUAUUAAAUCUGCUGAGUUAAUCAAUAAAAGGCCUCUGCAAUGUUGGGUUGCAGAAGCAUGCCAACCAUUUUUUACAGAGGAACAAUCUCCUAAAGCACAAUACAAAAUAAUACAUGAGAAUCAUCCUGAGUUAGAAGUGAUCGAUCUUGGAAAUUUAUCAAGGAGGAUUGUUGGAACAAUAGCAGUCUCUAAUUAUAACUUACUUGAUGAUUCAGCUUGGUUAUUUCGAUUAGCAGUUGAUAAACAAGUCCGACAUAAGGGAAUUGGGCAUUCACUAGUUGAAGUUGCAAAAACAUGGUGCAAGCAGAAGAAUUAUCAAAGGAUUUUGCUGGCAAUUUCUGAAUGUCAGGAAAAUACUCGACAAAUGUUUGUGACUACUGGAUUUAAUAUGAAACAAAUGUAUCACAAGCAAUUGAUUGGGCAAGUUUUUACCCUCUUGAUGUAUCAACUAGAAUGUGAUCUGAACAGAUAUGAGCAUGAUUUGUAAUUUUAUCUAAAAUUCUAGCGACCCAUGAUAUAAGGUGCAAUGAAACAUAACCAUCUACGAUUUUCAAUUAAAUACCAUACAAUUAA